AUGGCUAAGAACGACGGCAUCGAUCUUCCCUUCCCCUUCAUGCAGGAUCUUCAAAACCCCACUUUUGUGGGUACUUCGGUUCCUUCAUAUUCAAGAAAUCUGCAAGGUUCCGGGUUUGGCUGCUUGAAUUACGGUCAGAGAAGUGCUUAUGGAGUCCAAAGCCUCUUGCCUCGCAUGGAAGCGCUUAACUUAUCGAAUCCUUAUGGUUUUAAUGAUUAUGACACUGACCUUAUGUAUGAAGCUGCGUUGCACCACAUAAGGGUUAAUGGGGCUGCUGAUUAUGCAACACUGCCACAUCACAAUCUUGAAACUCAUUCUGGACACAGUGUUUCUGUGGCAAAGGAUCCACGUGGAUCUCGUUUGCUUCAGAAGAAGAUCAAUGAGGGAACACCCCAAGAAAUCUGCAAGAUCUUGAAAGAACUGAAGUACCAUUUGCAUGAGUUAAUCAACCACCCUUUUGGACACUUUGUGAUUCAGAAGCUUUUUCAAUCAAGCAAUAUUAGCGUGGCUCAAAAGAACGCGCUUGUCUACUUGAUCAUCGUCGACUUGCAAAAGCUUAAAAAUGUGUGCAUGGAUGAUCAAGGAAAUCGGGUUAUUCAGCAGAUUCUUGCGAACGUCAAAGAACCAUCCAUGAUACAUAAAAUUGCAGUUAUUAUGCGGAGUAUCACUCUCGCAUUGAUGAAAAAUUUUAAUGGUGGCUAUGUCAUUCAACAGUGCCUGAAGCUUUUCCCACCCGUGUGUCAAAAUAUUAUUUUGGAUGUUGUGGCGAAGAAUUGUGUUGAUAUUGCAAAAGAUAAAUGUGGAUGUUGCAGUAUUCAAAAAUGUAUAGAGUAUGAUGAGUUACCAGCUUUCAUGCAACUAGUCAACAAAUUAAUCUUUAAUGCUGUGGACUUAGCUGAAGAUUCAUAUGGAAAUUAUGUGAUGCAGUUUUUAGUUAAAAGGAAGAAGAUGGAAGUAAAUUCAAUGUUGAUAUCACGACUUCGCUAUAGAUAUAUUAGAUUAUCUAAGAACAAGUAUGCUAGCAAUGUAGUGGAAGAGCUCUUAAGAUAUUCUGGAGCUGAUAAUGUUGCUGUUAUAGCUCGGGAGCUAAUGAAAAGUCCCGAGUUUUUGAAUCUUGUUCAGCAUCCUUACGGGAAUUAUGUUGUUCAGAGAGCAGUGAAGUACACUGAGGGCCCUUUGCAUGAAAGGCUUUGCAGCAUCAUUUUAUCCAAUGAAAAAAAAGUGAGUAGCUGUCUUUAUGGAAAAAUGGUGCUACAGUGUGCCAGAGCAGGAUGCAAUCAAUGA